GCUGUUGAAAAUCCCACAUCUACAGAAAUCCAGGACGUAUGUGCAGCAGUUGGAUUGAACGUGCUGUUAGAGAAAAAUAAGAUGUAUCCCAGAGAGUGGAACAGAGAUAUGCAGUACAGAGGUAGAGUACGAAUCCAGCUCAAACAAGAUGAUGGUAAUCCAUGUUUACCUCAGUUUCCAACAC